UCCGUUGUCACUGAUCAUCUGUUUAUUGUGUAAAAGUGAUGAAAUUCCAAAUUUCAAGUGUAUCGAGUACCAAAAGCGCCUAUUACCCCAUAGAGCUACCAUUGAAAAUCGUUUCGCUAGUCCAGCUCCGCAUCGGAAGCCACUCGCGAAGGCGCGUUAAGAUGAGCGCUUGGCCAGAUAGCGGAUUGCUGUUAUGAGCCAGCACAAUACGCAGUACUUCUUUAAUUCCAAGGAAGACUACAACACCACCCUGGAGAACAUGAGUCGGGAGUUCGAAGAACGCUGGAACCACCAGACGCAGUCGCCCUACACGAAUCUGGAGAACUAUGUAACGCGUGCUGUCCUCGGCACCGGCAGCUUUGGCACAGUGAUGCUGGUCAAGGAGAAAGUUGGCAAGAACUACUAUGCCGCCAAGAUGAUGAGCAAGGAGGAUCUGGUGCGUCUUAAGCAGGUGGCCCACGUCCACAACGAGAAGCACGUGCUGAAUGCCGCCCGAUUCCCGUUCCUCAUCCACCUGGUGGACUCCACCAAGUGCUUCGACUACCUCUACUUGAUCCUGCCCCUAGUCAAUGGCGGCGAGCUGUUCAGCUAUCAUCGCCGGGUUCGCAAGUUCAACGAGAAGCAGGCCCGCUUCUAUGCCUGUCAGGUGGCUUUAGCCCUCGAGUAUAUGCACAAAAUGAACCUCAUGUACCGGGACCUGAAGCCAGAGAACAUCCUGCUCGACCAGCGAGGCUAUAUCAAACUCACGGACUUUGGUUUUGCAAAGCGAGUGGACGGCCGCACUUCGACCCUGUGUGGAACUCCGGAAUAUUUGGCACCGGAGAUUGUGCAACUCCGGCCGUAUAACAAAUCGGUGGACUGGUGGGCCUUCGGAAUUCUUGUGUACGAGUUUGUGGCGGGCCGCUCUCCCUUUGCCGUUCACAAUCGCGAUAUCAUUCUGAUGUAUUCGAAGAUCUGUGUCUGCGACUACAAGAUGCCCAGCUAUUUUACUGGCCAGCUUAAGAAUCUUAUCGAGAGCUUGAUGCAGGUAGACACCUCAAAGCGUUUAGGAAACUCGCAAGAGGGCGCCAUCGAUGUGAAGGGUCAUCCAUGGUUUGUGGGAGUCGACUGGUACGGCAUCCUCAACCAGGAGGUGACCGCCCCCUAUUUGCCCACCAUCAGCGGCGCCGAGGAUCUGUCCAACUUCGAGAACUACCAGUUGAAGGACCGCCUGAAGUCCCGAAUAAACCGGCAUCCCGAUUUAUUUGCGAAUUUUUAAAUGUAUGUUUGUCCGUAGAAAUUGUCGUUUUCCUCAGUUUAUAUCUAAUUUAGUCAUUGAUAAACGUGUGGUUGGUGUUUUUAAGGAA